CUCAUUCUGGCUGAUACAUUAUCAGUGUGUUCGAGGUUCUAUGCCAAUGCUGUUUCUUAGCAUCAGCCUGUGAUCCUGUUAAGUGCCAUGUGACAUGACUGUGACACUACCUCUAGCUGGACCCUGACCUGAGUCUUCACUCAUCUAAGACUACCCAGCUGCAGGGUACAUCAGUAUGUCACGAAUGAUCUGAAAUGCAUGAUCGACUGCCUCAAGCAACUCUGAGAUACCUUCCCAGAAUGUGGAGAAGUGUCAUACUCCUAUGGUCAGUCAACCUGUGCCUGUCCGCUAACAGGAUAGAAUCGCAAACAGAAAAUGGGUUCAAGCUACUAAAGAUUGGUGGCAUUAGCAACGAGACACAAUGUAGACAAGAAUGUAAAUCUGAGCAAUACCCAGGAGAUCUUCCCUGCAACUGGAUCAUUUUAUCACAAAAGCGAUGUAUCUUACUUCACUGCAACAACCCAAGAUUGUGUCGAAAACAUAUAGCCAAGCAGAUGGUACAUAGACUUAUAGAUAAUCAUGCUCUUACAAGAAAAAGGAGGAGUGACAAAAUUCAAUUGUCAAAACACUUACCAAAAAAGACUAGGAGGACAGUUGCAACAACUAAUAAACCAAACCUAAAAAAACGAACCGUUCCCAUAACCAUUACCCCUCGUAUAACAAUUAGACCAUCAAAUGCAAUUAAAAUAUCCUCAAUAAAUCUACCUACAACAACACCAGUUGCAGAGCCAGAAACGUCAACAUCAGCAAUAACUACUACACUAACCCUAGAAAUCACCACAAAGCCAAUCGUUAACACUAUAAAAAUAUCCAAAACGACACCAACCAUUACAACAAUGCCAAAUACUACAGCUUCAAAGAACACCUUAAUUUUAAAGAUAAUUUCUACCCAGUUGCCAGCAGCUACACUACCAGCCUCCGUGUCAAGUGUACCAAAGAGGAUCACCUCAGGCAAGACCCUAAAGUCAAUGACAACAACCUUAGAAUCGCCAAGAAACACUGCUACCUGGAAGAACAGCACCUCAGAAAUCAAAACUACACCAACCACCUCGUCGGAGCAAGCAACAAAACAAAGUAGCACCUCAGAGCCGAUAAUUAUGUUGAGAACCACCACUUUAAAGCCCACAACAACAUUGAAAACGACGAUCUCAAAACCAAUGACCAUGCCAACCACCACUUCAUUGCCAAAAACAGAGUUGACAAACACAACCUCUGAACUAACACUGUUGACAAACACAACCUCUGAACUAACACUGUUGACAACCACAACCUCUGAACUAACAACAAUGCUAAUGACCACAACAUCAAAACCAACCUUUGUGUCAAAAACUAUCCCAUUAACCACAAAACAAAUGUUGACCACUACUUUGGAGCCAACUACAACCACUUUGGUGUCAAAGAUCCCUUUACCUAAGGAGCCAAGUACUAUUGAGUCAGAGCCAACUAAAACUACAAGUAUUGUCCCUAGCACAUCAACCAUACAUGAAGUUUCCAAACUGGCUACCACAAGUAUGCCUUCAACCAAACCUAAUGUACCUGUAGAUAUCAAUCCGGAUCAAAAUAGAGAUAAGUUGGGAUUCCCUAUAAUUACAGACGAUUUAACGAAACAUAUAGAGAACACCAGCUUUUUGUUAGCUUUACUUUUGUUAGGAAACUUCUUCUUCUUGGCUAUUCUAGUGGUAUUUGCCCUUCAGGCCUUGGAAAGUUAUAAGAAGAAGGACUAUACACAGGUAGAUUAUUUAAUAAAUGGAAUGUAUGCUGAUUCUGAAAUAUGAAGGUAGUUAUUUUCACUUUAUAUUGUGUA